ACCCAAUCACCCAAAGGCCAAAACAGAAAAUAAGCAACCCGCCGUAGAGUGCUCGGCUGGGGAACUCAUCACCAGCGCGCAAAGGUCGGGAAAAGAUAGAAAUGGUUGCCCUGCCUCCGCCGCUGCGCCGGCGAUUCUUCUGCACCCAGGCCGCUAAAGCCUCCCGCAACCACCUUUCAUGGACCGUCAAGCAAGUGAAGAAGUCCAAUUUCACGGCCGAUAUCGUCGAGGAAAUAAAAACCCAAGUAUCCGCCUCCGACUUCGUCGCCGUUUCCCUGCAGAAGACCGGCUCCUUCUCCGCCCCUUGGCACCGCCCUUCUCCAUUCGACACCCCUGACAUCGCUUACUUGAAAGCCAAGUACGCCGCCGACCGCUUCCAGGUUCUUCAGCUGGCUAUUUGCCCCUUCAGCAUUCGGGCGCCUACAGUCACUGCCUACCCGUAUAACUUUCACUUGUUCCCGAGGGAUGAAAUGAAGACUGGGAUGCCAUCGUACAGUUUCUCUUGUCAAUCGUCGAGUUUGGUUGCCAUGGCUCGCGACGGUUUUGAUUUUAAUGCUUGCAUCAAUGAUGGGAUUUCGUACUUGUCCAGGGAGCAAGAGUCUGUGGUGAAAACUCGGUCGGAGAGGCCGAGGCCCGUCAGUGACUUGGGGGAAUCUGCUUCUUCUCUCUCUGUUGCAGAUUCGAUUUUCGUUGAGAGGGUAAAAUCUCGCGUGAAGCAUUGGAAGAAUGCAUGUCAAGACUCUGGUAGCAACACAAAAGGUGGUACUUAUUACGAGUCUCUGGUGAAAGCCUUGAGAAGGCUCAUCGUGACAACCGAACAGUUUGAAUCAAGACCGUGCAUGAACAUUGACGUUUGCAGUGACCGCCAAGCACAUCUUGUGGUCAAGAUGUUGCAAAAGUUUGAUGAAAACCUUGUCCCUUUAAUGGUUCCAGCAAAGGGAGGAGGAACUCAGGCAGUUCGUGUUGUCUCAACAACUUCAAAAGAAGACCGGGAUCUACUUCUGAAAAAGCUUCAGAAUGAUGAAGACGAAGCAAACAAAAAUAUCCGUGGCUUCCGAGAGGUGAUUGAUUUGAUUUCUGCUUCACAGAAGCCUAUUGUCUCCCACAAUUCCCUUAACGAUUUGACAUUCAUUCAUUCGAAGUUUCUUGGACCCUUGCCUCCUUCUGUGGAGGAGUUCAUGGAAUCUUUGCACCACGUUUUCCCCCACGUCAUAGAUGUCAACCAUCUAAUACAGGAAAUUGGUAUCCCGAAGAGAGUAACAAGCAUCCCUUACACCAUCUCAUACUUGAAGCAUCGGUAUCCUGUACCAAUUGAUGUAGAAAUUCCAUUCCAAGGUGCAGCGGUCGAAGAGGAAAUUCACGGGCAUAACGUACUGAGCAUUAGUGAAUUGUUUGCAAAGUUAUGCUGCAUACUGAAACUCACACCUGGUGUAGGAGAAGUACAUGCUGAGAAAGGUACUUCUCCCCUUCAAGUAUAUGCAAACACUUUCAACCCACUAGUCAGUGGACCACAAGAAGAACCCACUGUCAGGGAAGAAAUCAGGGUGUGGACUAGCAGCAACACAAAGAAAGUGAGACGUGAUGAUUUGGUCUUCCUGUGGGGAUUUAGGUGUGGUACAACAGCUGGAAACCUGAAGUGCCUUCUGGAAGGGUCUCAUGAGGUUUUCUUGGACGAGUUCCACGUUCGAUUAUUAGACAAGAGCUGUGCUAUAGUUGUGUUCUGGAGACCCGGUUCGUCUGGAACCUUUCUGAAUGCCAUGACUCAUAAUCUAUCAGAUGCUUCUUCCAGCUCUUUGAAGGACCUGGUUGCUGAGGGCGUAAGAGCAAGUGGUUAUGAGACAUAUGACAAAGCUUGCAGGUCGGGGUUUUGGGAGGCCAGUUUGGCUGAUUCACUAGACAAAGCAGCAGCCGCCAUGGCUGACAUUAGGGUUUCUUCAGAGUCUGAUCACCGGACAGAAUCGUUGGAGAGUUACCGGAAGAGCGAGUUGAUGAUCGACUUAGACGAGCUAUAAAUUGUUUUCUCGAGAAGAAGAGACUCGUGCAUUUUAGUCCAGCCAAGAAUACAUCCAAUGCGUAGAGAUAGAGAAUUGCAGACAUUAUCCAGAGAAGCAUGUGUGAGAUGCUGUGUACACUGUAGAGAUGUACACUUUCUACUGCAAUUCUGUUUUAUUUCUUCGAGCCUCACCACGUGAUGGCAUUUGAUUUAUGUAUGAUUUAAUUUUAAUUAUCCCGUUAAUUUUGGUCUGGCUCUUUUAUUCUUAAACAACUGACCAUUGUGUAUGUUAAAUUGUUAAUCACUUUCGUUCAUCUGGCUGUUAGCUCAGUCAGCACUGCUCAUGCUCAAGUCUCCUCCCACGGUCCGUUCUUCUUCCCACUUCAUUCAGCUAAACCGCUCCGCUGCCAUCUGUUCAUUUUUCAAACGCACUUUCCCAUUUCCCUCCCAAACAAGAAUGGCUUCUUCGGCCCUGUCGCUCCCCCGUUCGUGGGCUUCUUCUUCUCCCCAAUACCGCGAUGUCGCUUCUCUUCCACGCUCCCAACGCGGUUCACUUACCUUCCCCAACGGCUAUACAGAAUCCGCCUUCUUCGGCUCCAAGCUCCCCGCCAAAUCGCUUUCCUGGUCAUCGGCGGCGCGUCGAUGUCGCGGCGGGGCUCUCCGAUUCGGCCCCGCCGCCUCUGCUUCUCUCCACACCUACGACGUCGUCGUUAUUGGCGCCGGAAUCAUCGGAUUGACGAUCGCUAGACAGCUCUUGACUAGCUCCGAUCUCUCCGUCGCCGUCGUAGAUAAGGCUGUUCCGUGCUCCGGUGCUACCGGCGCAGGGCAGGGCUACCUAUGGAAGGUUCACCUUAAGCCUGAGGAUCAAACGUGGGAGCUCAUUACCAGAAGCCAUCAACUAUGGGAGACGUUUGCCGAGGGUGUGAUUGAUCAAGGCUUGAGUCCUGCCGAUGAGCUCGGCUGGAAGAGAACUGGAAGUUUGUUAGUUGGAAGAACACCUGAAGAGUCAGAGAUGCUGAAAAGGAAGGUGAAGCAGCUCUCUGAAGCUGGGAUAAGAGCUCAGUACCUAUCUAGUCAGGAGCUGAGUCUUGAGGAGCCUGAACUGGCGGUGGGGCGGGACGGCGGGGCGGCUUUCUUACCAGAUGAUUGUCAACUGGAUGCUCAUCGUACCACUUCGUAUAUCCAGAAGGCUAAUAGAGAAUAUGCAUCAGAAGGGAGAUAUGCUGAAUUCUUUCAUGAGCAAGUGACAGGCUUACUGAGUUCUAGUGGAAGUAGAGAGUUCAAAGGUGUUCAGACUUCCAGCGGUACAUUGAUAAGUAAAAAGGCCAUUAUAGUUGCAGCUGGUUCUUGGACUGGCCCUUUGAGCCGUGAGCUAUUUAAAGGAUCUGAUAUUGCGUUAAAUAUCCCUAUCAAGCCCAGGAAGGGACACUUGCUCGUGCUGGAGAACUUUGCUGAUCUAAAGUUGAAUCAUGGCACGAUGGAAGCUGGUUAUGUUGGCCACCAAGAUGCAGCUGCACAACAUGAAAAGUCAGAUAUAGAAUCACAGGAUCAUGAGAAUUCAUUGUUUGUGGCAAUGGGAGCCACUAUUGAUGCGAUGGGAAACCUUGUUCUUGGAAGCAGCCGCCAAUUUGCUGGGUUCAACACUGAAGUGGAAGAGUCUGUUAUAAAUUGUAUCUGGAAUAGGGCUGGGGAGUUCUUUCCAAAGUUGGCUGAAAGACCCCUGAGAAAUUUCACUGAGGACAGAAAAGUGAGAAUAGGAUUACGCCCUUACAUGCCUGAUGGGAAGCCAGUAAUCGGGCCAGUGCCAGAAAUGUCAAAUGUCUUCAUUGCUGCUGGGCAUGAAGGUGGUGGACUUUCCAUGGCUUUGGGCACUGCUGAACUGGUAGCUGACAUGGUCAUGGGCAAGACUGGAAUUGUUGAUUCUUCCAUAUAUGCUGUCGGAGGACGAUGUUGAUAAUAUACUGUGUGCCAAAUGUAUACCAGUGAGUCCUAGCAGAACAGUUGAUGGUAUAAGUGUGUACCAUUUGAAAUACUACUGAGGUUUAAACCUUGAGCGAUAACGAACUAAAUUGUAUCGUGGUAGUAAAUCAGGAUGUUUGGUCUGCCUUUUUAUAAAAUGUCUCCAUUUCUAUCUCUACCUGUCAGGCUGUUGGUUUGAUGGUAUUGUGUUUUGAGUUCCUGUAAACUGCAGAUCCAUAAAACUCCAAAGCAUGUGACCCUGAAUUGAGAACUGAGACGAGAGAUUAUUGGGAUUGCAAUUUUGAGU